GAAGUUCAGUUGAUACUCAAGGGACGUCAAGGCAUCGCCCCUUGUGUCCAGUCUCCUUGGUAACACUAACAAACAUGGCGGAUUAACUUUUACUGUGAGAAGAAGUAAUUUUGAGAAGAUAUCUUGUCGAGAGAAGGAAAGCCUAGCUAAGCGAGGUGAAAUGGACGUCGAAGACAGGGAAAGCCCAUUUGACGUGGCGUCAGACAGGUGUGGACUGCUGGGUGUCCACCUCAGCACUGAUGAGGACAGUGAGGAAGGUGAUCCAGGCCAGGAGACCUUGAAAGAUGAAGAGUCAGCGCUUCCUCCUGAUUUGGAGUGGUUGGAAGAGUUGUAUGAAGAGGACAAUGGUGAUGGUGAUGGUGAUGGUGACCUUGCUGUUGCAGCCGACAACGGUAAGAAGAGGAGUUAUGCCGAGACAGCACGGAUGUUCAAGCUGAGACGAAACCUGGACCAGCUGGACUGCUUUCACCGACAGAAGGAGCAUGACGUGCUGAAAGCCAGAGAAGAGCUAAAACUCUGUCGUCAGAACAUUGAAAGUUUGGUGGAGCAGAGGGAUAACUUGGAGAAAGAGAUAGAGCAACAGAAAGCAGCAGACAACAGUGUGGCAGUAUUUCAUUUGCGAUCCCAGCAUAAGCAUCUGUGUCAAAAGCUGCAGAGUGAGGAAGAGCUGGAGGGCCACAUCAACACUGACCUGAAGCAACAAGAACUGGAGCUGAGUGAGGUGGAAGUGGAGCUUGGCAGGUUCUCCUCGCUCCGGCAGGAGGUGCAGGAGGAGGAGCGGGUCUUCCAGGUCCUUAAGGUCCAGAAGGCAGCUACAAGGCUACAGCAGGAGAGGAAAGCCAGCCAGAACCUGCAGCUCAAGAUGCAGCAUCUCAGGGAUAAACAGGCAGCCAUGCUGAAGAAAGAGGAGACUGAAUGUCAGAAGAAAAUUGAAGAGGGCCAGGCAAGCCGCAAGAUAGCUGCCAAGUACUUGAAAGAGACCAUUAAAAGGAUGCAUCAGCAAGAGGCUGAGAAGGAGCAGAAGAACAGGGAGUUACUGGAAAAGAGGAUACAGGCUGUCAAGUCACUGAAAUCUAACAUAGCAGCCACGCAAGAGAGUUUACGGGUCCAACAAAGCAGAGCCAAAGCAAACGCCCAGAAGAAAGAGCAGCAACAGCGACAACUGAAAGAAUCCCUGCAGGCCCAAGGCAUCAACAGUAUUAAGCAUAUGUACCGACAGAAACAACUAGAGGAGAUAAAACGAAAACAAGAGGAAUUCGUGGAGAGGCAGAAGUCAAAGAGAGUGGAGAUUGUGUCAAAAAUCCUUCAAGAGGAGCAGCAGGUAAAGAGCAGAAAGAGGCACCAGGCACUGCUGCUUAAACCCUCAGCCACUGACAAGUUUCCAUCUCUAGGGAAGGCAAGAGAGAAGCUCCUGUACUACCUGGAUCCCAGCCCCCCAUUAGCCACUGAGGAGAGAGCCACAAUCUUAAGAGAGUUUAAUGAAUUCAGCAGCUCAUCGUCAUCUUCCUCUGAUGUUGAGGACUUGGAGGAAACCAUGCACCAGGAAGUGGACCACAAGAACCUUGCUGAAAGCCUGGCUGAGCCUGAGUUCUCUGGGCUGUGGGACCAGAACUACAAGACGCUCCUGAAUGAGACAACUAUGUUGGUGCAGACAGAAGUAAAGCAGGAAGAAUCUGCAAUGGCCAGUGGAAAGCUCAACAUGCCUGCUAAAAAAGUUCAUGGAAAAGAGCUGAAAGGGCCUCCAUUCAUCAGUAAACCAGAGGAAAUCCUCUUCAAGGACUUUGAAGUGGGGAAAAUGUAUAAGAAGAAAAUCAUCCUGACCAACAUCAGCUACAUCACCAACCACUGCAAGCUUCUUGGGGUAUCCGCCCAUCUGAAGGAUUUUAUCUCUAUCAACUUUGAGCCUCCUGGUUCUUUAUCUACUGGGAUGUCCUGUGACAUGCAGGCUGUUUUUCAGCCUAUGAUCAACGAGGACAUGGAAGGAGAGAUCCAGUUUGCAUCAGCAGUGGGUGCCUUCUCUGUGCCUGUCAGAUGCACCAUAAAGAAAUGUGAUCUGGAGGUUGACAGCCAGUUCAUUGACUUUGGUUCGCAUGUGGUGGGCCAGACUAUUUCACGGACUGUCACCUUGACCAACAAGGGUGCACUGGCCACCCUCUUCAGCCUGGACGCCUCCACAUGUCUCAGUCCAGAAACUAGCCAUGUCCAGAUGCACUCCCAGGUCUCUGCCAACACAUGCCAGAAGACAAUCAGUCAAAACACAACAUCUGACAACCAGAGGAGCUCUGCAUCCAUGGGCACCGGAGAACUCCAACCAAAACAAGAGAGUCAGGAGCUCUCUGAGGCGUUGCAGCAAGAGCAACCAGUGUCAGAGGCUUCAGCUAUAGGUCCAGAAACUAUUCCUGAGGCUUGUGUGUCCACCAAUGUGGAUGCCCAGAUGGACCAGAGCCAAUCAGACUUCGGUGACAUAAGUCUAGGAAUUGUUAGAGAGGGGGAGAUUGGACCUUUUGAAAGCAUCAAACUGGAGGUCGUAUUCACUCCAACCAUUCCAGGAGAGGCCAAACUGGACUUCCACAUCAAAUUCUCAGAUUUAACCAGCAAACCAGCAUGUUGGUACAAACAGAUACCCAUCCAGGUGAGGGGUGUGGCAAUCAGCGUCCCUGUAUGUGUGGUCCAGCCCAGCAUUGACCUGAAGAUCUGCAUGUUUGACCACCUCUAUCAAGAGAGUGUCAUUGUCCAAAGCAGAGCCAGCACAGCCUUGAAGCUGACCUUUGAGGUGUGCCCAGAAAUGAGGAAACACAUGGAGAUCCUACCAAAAACAGGCUUCAUCCAGGCUCAAUCAACUCUUAAUGCCCAACUCAAGUUCCUGCCGAGAUGCUCCUUAUCUAAAGAUGCCAAGAUGUUUUUUGACAUAGAUACAGGAGUCCUGGAGGUUCCAAUGACAGUGCAAGUAGCAGGCCAGGUGAAGCCUGUCGAUUUCACAGUCCAAGCAGUUGUGACCUCCUCAGACCUGCAGUUUGACCAGACUGAGGUGGACUUUGGCUACUGUUCCAUCUACCAGUCGAUCAAGAGCAGCGUUCGCCUUACCAAUCUGUCCCUGCUGCCUCAGGACUUUGGCUUCUUGGGUGUUCCAGAGUUUAUUGAGGUCCAGCCUAAUGAUGGCUUUGGCACUCUGCUUCCACAAGAGACCCUCGAGAUUGAUCUGAUUUUCAGUGCCAACAAGGCCAAAGAGUACAAUUUCCAACUCAACUGCAAAUCUGGAAUUAACAGAGAUUUCCCUCUGUCUUGCCGAGCAGUGGGUGUCCGCCCUCCACUGGGGCUCUCCCAUUCUCUAGUCCAGUUUGGGGCCACAGCAAUAGGUGACCACUCCACCGCCAUACUUUACCUGAUCAACCAUCAAACCAACCGUAAGUCCAAACAACCAAUACCUCCAGUGGUCAAGGACACCAUGGCUCCUGUAGCACCCAGGCUGUUCUCCUUCAUCCUACCCAAGAAUUCUGACAUCAGCAUCACUCCUUCCGCGGGCAGCCUGAUGCCCGGACAGAGAUGUCUGGUCCAGGUGACGUUCAGACCCAGACUGUUAGACCAGGAGAUCAAAGAGGAGGCGCUGCGUCUCCUCCACCGAGCCAAGUUGCUCUGUGAGAAGGAGUUGGAGAGGAACAGAUACACUGAACAGGAGACUAAAAAGGAGCUCCCAGUAGAAACUAGUAAAGGAAAGAAGGCAUCUGUGAUUCAAAAGAACAGCAAGGUGCCAGACGGCCCAAAGACAAACCAACUAACUGAAUCACCAAAUUCUGCUGACAUACAGCCAGGGUCAGAGCAGUAUGAGGAGGCCAGGGCCUCUCUGCUGUACUCUUUCACCCAACGCCAUAGUGAGUACACCAUUCCCUGUUUUGUGUCAGAUGGAGACCCACCAGAGGAAGACCGACAGGCCCAGCCGGCAUGGAGUCCCUUCAAUACUCUUUACUUGAAGCUGCAGUGUCCUGCUGUACAGCCUCCUCUAGUGGUAAUAGCGAACAAUGGACACAGUAUCAUAGACUUCCAUCAGGUGGCAGUGGGAGAAAAAGUUAUCAAGCGGUUUACAGUUCAGAACAUUUCGAAGGAAUCUUUGGAUCUGGGUUCAUCAGUGCUGGAUAUACAUGGUCCUUUUUCCCUUCUGAAUGCUCUCAGAUGCAUAAGACCUGGAGAAAAACACACUCUGGUACUGGCCUUCAGCCCAUCUAUGGAGAAGAAGUACUGUGAGACUCUGGAGGUGCGUAGCCAGAAGAUGACCCUGGAGAUGACUCUGUGUGGGGAGGGUGUGGUCCCUGUUGUCACCUCCUCCCACCCUGGAGGUCUCCUUGACUUUGGCUACGUGUUGGAGAAGGAGAGCACCUCACAGGUCCUGAAGCUACAGAACAGCUCAGCACUGGCAGUGGGUUUCAGGGUGCUGCUGGACAGCCUCUCCCCCUGCAGGCCUCAGGGUGGAGCUGACACGGUGGCCCUCCUGCUGGGUAGUUACACAGACUCUCAAGUCCAGCCUACUGUUGGAACCCAGAACUACAGUGGGCUGAGUGUUUUCAGUGUGGUGCCAAUAGAGGGCAGCAUUGCUCCAGGACGAAGCCAGGAAAUCACUGUCAACUUUCAGCCUGACCACCCAUCUGUCAACUAUUCUGACAGAUUGACAAUAGAACUCAUGAAUAAGACUAAAGUGUGUGUGAUGGAUCUGAAGGGUGCAGCUUCUUCAUAUAACAUGUAUCUAUAUGGAGGAGACCUGCUGACAGUGCCCAUUGAAUCUCUCCUCCCUCCACUGCUAACCAGUCAACCUCAGUUCACAGAAUCAGAGGUGAUGGAGAAGCCCAUCAUCCCUGUGCUGGUGACCCUGCGGGCCAGCUACAGCGCGGGAGCCAUCACACCUGCAGUGAGGGAGCUGCAGGUGGGCUGCAUCCGCUCCACACAGCCCAGUAAGAAGAGUGGUGAGUUUCUCUGGGAUAAUGUGGCGUCCCUGCAGCAGCAGGGCUUCAGUGUGGAGCCCAGCAAAGGCAGCGUGGAGCCAGGCCACAAACGAACUAUCACUGUCACAUGGAGUCCCCACAGUGGAUACAAGCCCUAUGAGGUGGUGCAGACAUGUGUGCCUCUGACCUUGAAGGGGGAUGAGACAAGUGCUUACAGAGUCACCCUGAUAGCUUUGGUCUCCACCACUGCUGACUGACCUCUACAGCACCUGGAUACCGGCCAGUGGAAAAUCUGCUCACACACACACUGACACAUUACAGAAAGACAUGUGAUAUACUGUACAUUCAUGUGUGAUGAUUUAUGGCUUGAAUCUAAUUAUUAAAGGUAGAAUUAAUAAAGUUUUGUUCAAGGAUCUGAUUUGAACCAUUUAACCAUUCAAAUAAGGCUACAGGUUAUUAUUUUAAUGUUUUUUUUUCACACUUUGAAGAGCCAGCAGGUAUCCUUGGCAAGUCACACACAGACACCUCCUCCUUCUUCAUGACUUCAUCUUGACGGAUUUUACUGUUACUUAAAGUUUAAACUCAGAAUCACAUUUAUGGCAGCACAUACAGUACUAGCAAAUUAGACAUUUAUAUUAAAACAUUGUGUAUUACAGUAUUUCACAACAUGUAAAAAAAACAACUAAACUCUUAACAUAAAAUACGAUUCUCCUAAUCUUGGGCUCAAAAUUUCAUAUAGCCUGCAGCAUGAAAACAAGUCUAACAAAUUAGGUAAUGCAUCACAUUUAUCAGAGCAUCUCAUCAUUGUAUUUGUAUCGUGUGUUCAUCACUGAAUUUUAACCAUUAAUGCAUUUUAAAAGGAAAAUGUCAUUAUUGAAUAAUGCACAAGAGUAACUAAAUAAAGGCAGUAUGCAGUAUGUAAUGGUCAUUUGCAACAAGAUGAAGAUAAUACAAAUAGCACUGAGAAAAAAACUCACACUUACAUAUUUAUUUAUUUACAGAAUAUACUGUAUUACUGUAAAUAUAUAUAAUGUAGUCAAGAGUCGGACUUUACACUGCAGUAAAUCCUACAUGCAUACAAGGAAAAAUAAUGAUUGUGCUUUUACUCUUCUGUUUGUGGUUUUAUUCAGGACACCAAACAUUAGAUAUUUCAAUCACAGUUUGCACUUAAGAGGCAGAAUGCUAAUACAGUGAUGCUGGAAAGCAUAAAACAGUAAACCACAAUUGACACUACUGCAACAGAAACUCAUCGCAUUACAACAUUUUGACAGUAUACAAAAGGAAAACAAGGCAUUGCAGUAGUGGUCACCUGGGUAAUAUUGUGUACAAAAUAAGAACAUUUUACAAACAGAUUUUGUUGAUUUAGUGAUGUGUAUGUCUAGUAAUAUGCUUUUGAAGUUUUGCAGAGUGAAAACUUUUAAAAUGCUGUAUUACUGUACCUCUGUUAUAGCUAGAAUUAUGACAAGAUCAGGCCCAAUACUUGAGGACAAAACUUGGGUGGUUUGUGAUGUUUGCCUUGAAUUACAUGAAUUCCUUUUCAAAUAGACUAGAGAGAGUGUUGCUUCCAAAGCAGAGGAAGAGUAACAAUAAAAGUCCUCAUAUUAAAAGCUGUUCUAAAUGAUUUUUCACUGUUAACACAAUCCUUUUGUGAAAAACCGACUUAUUAAACCCAGAGCAGCACCUGUCUUC